AUGGUCACAUAUACCAAAAUUGUUUGUCAUUUGGAACACUUAGAUCCAGUGACGAUUAAACCAGAAGUUCCUUUAGCAUCUGAUAUUAUUGAUCUCUCCGAAAAUGAAGACCCAUUUGUAAAUUUAUUAUCGUCAAGGUUUAAGCAGAUUUUGAUGCAUCAUGAGUUUGGCAAUAAUGAAUUUCCAGGAGAAAUUAAAUUCAUGCUAGACGAUUUCGUAGACACGUAUAAAGAUCUAAGACCUGACUUUGAUCCUAU